AUGGCCUCACUGCGUCAGAGUGAAAAGGACACAGUCCACAUGUCCAUGCACCAGAAAGGACGGUCCCCACAGGACGGUCCCCGCAGAACGGUUCUCGCAGGACAGUCCGUGAGAGUCCGGGCGGGGAGGAGCAGGAGGAGCACCAAAACUAAACUGGAAUCAGUCUCUGCAUCAUCAGGACACAGCAUUCCCAUGUCCCCAGCACAGAAUCCACAGGGUUUGGCCCCAGACAAAGGAGGCCCCUGGAUGAGGCCCCUGGAGGAGGCCCCUGUAGAAGGUCCCUGGAGAAGGUCCCUGGAGGAGGAGGCCACUGACAGCUCUAUGUUCAACAUCUUUAACAUUUGA